AUGGCAGCCAUCGACAAUCCGGCAAUUUCGAGGGGCUCCACCGUCCUCGUCACUGGCGUCAACGGUCUCAUUGGGUCACAUGUAGCGGACCAAUUCGUUCGACAAGGAUUCAAGGUCCGAGGGACAGUUCGUGACACCGACAAGAACGCAUGGAUUAGUGCCUAUUUCGACAAGACCUACGGCAAAGGCAAUUUCGAGCUCCUAUCCGUUCCCGACAUGUCCGUCGAGAAUGCCUAUGAUGAGGCGGUAAAGGGCGUUUCGGCAUUUGUGCAUGUUGCUUCAGUUGUCACAUUUGACCCUGAUCCAAGCAAAGUUAUCCCUCUAGCUGUCAAAGGCACAGAGGUCGCCAUCAAAGCAGCCUACAAAGAACCCAGUGUUAAGCGGUUCGUGUUGACGUCGUCUUCCUCUGCAGCUGUUCCAAGCGGGUCGCUCCAGGAAAAUCUGCCAGAAGACAAGAUUGGGUCGAUCAUCACGGAGGAGUCUUGGAACACUGAGGCAGUGGAUCUGGCCUGGAAGCCUGCCCCGUGGGGCCCAGACCAUGGCGCGAUCGUUUACUCCGCCAGCAAGGCCGAGCAGGAACGCUUCGUAUGGAAGUAUUACAAGGAGAACCAGUCAACGCGACCUGAUAUCGUUGUCAAUGCUGUACUUCCCAACAUGAACUUGGGCAAGAGUUUGGACCCAGUCAACCAAGGCCAUCCAUCGACGUCCGGCAUUGCCGCCGCUUUGAUGAACGGCAACCGUUCACCCCCUACUCUAUCAAUGCCUCAAUACUUUAUCGAUGUUCAAGACGACGGCCUUCUACAUGUCGCAGGGGCUGUUUUUCCGCAUGUAAAGGGGGAGCGCAUUUUUGGUUUCGCAGAGCCGUUCAAUUAUGACCAAAUCCUGGGCAUUCUUCGGAAACAAAAUCCAGGAAGGAAGUUCCACGGGGACUAUGCUGCCGGAGAGUACCCAUUUGUGAUCGAGCCCAUUGGUCGUGCCGAGGAAUUGUUGCGUAGGCUCAAAGGGUCUGGAUGGACUUCGCUUGAGGACAGCUUGAGGCUCAACACUGAGGACAUUGCAGCAGCCGACGCUGUAUGA